GGUCAUCAUCACUGGCUCAUUCUUCGAGCCCAACUGUUUGUCCUCGCAACGAAGUGCCAUCAGCAGCUUACUUUGCAGCGAGCGAAGAUGGCAACAGCAAGCGCCAAUGGCCCCAAUGCGCUUUUGGUGAGCGUUGUACUUUUGGCAACAGUUUGCGCAUGCAGUGCGUUGAGUCCCUACGCAGCCGGUCUGUCUGAGGACUUUUACCAUAAAAGCUGCCCUCAAGCAGCUUCCAUCGUCGAUGCCUACGUCACCAAGUUCCUCAAGAAGGACAGAAACUUUGCUGGUGCCUUCAACAGGUUACAGUUCCAUGAUUGCUGGGUCGGGGGCUGCGAUGGCUCUGUUCUCUUGAACUCGACCGAAACCAACCAAGCGGAGAGGGAAGCUCAUGUGAACUUCGGCCUCAGAGGAGUUGCAGAGAUCGAUGAAAUCAAGGCAGCUCUAGAACACUUGUGCCCAGGAGUUGUGUCCUGCGCAGAUAUUCUCAUCCUUGCUGCCCGUGACGCCACAGCCAAGGUUGGAGGCCCAACUUGGACCGUCGCAUUGGGUCGCAGAGAUGGAGUGAACUCCACAGCCUUGAUGGCUGACACAAAUCUACCAUUCCCUGUGCUCAACUUCAGUGGGCUCGUUGCUAACUUUGCUGCCAAGGGUUUCGGUGCCAGAGAAAUGAUCACACUCUCAGGUGCACACACUAUCGGUCGGUCUCACUGCAAUGGAAUCCUCCCCCAUCUCUACAACUUCACCGGAAGGGAUGAUGCCAAUGACACCGACCCUGCCAUGAAUAAGAACUUCGCUGUCUUCCUCAAGAAGCUCUGCCCUGAGGGCAACAGGACCAACACAAUCUUCAUCGACUCCACAGCCAACACCUUUGACAGAGCCUACUACAAAAAUGUGCUGCAGGGCAAGGGAAUUUUCAUCACCGACUCCACCCUCAUUACCAACCCUGUAGGCAAGAAAGUCGUCACUUCCUUCUCCAAACCUCGCUCAAGCUUCUUUACAGAGUUCGCUGCUGGCAUGGUGAAAAUGGGAAACCUUGGUGUGCUCACUGGCACCGAGGGUGAAAUCCGCAAGACAUGUCAGUUUGUAAAUUAAUAGGUCGUUCCAAAGACUCGACACGUUUUAGAUCAAUUCAAUUAGAAACAGGUCGGGGACUUUUAGUCUCACAGCAUUCUUGACAGAUUGAUAGAAUAGAUAGAUUCAUUUAUUCAUUUAUUCAUUUCCAUAACAUCAGAAUAAGCUCCAUUUGUAGAUUCGCGAGGAUCUUGCCCUGCUCUGGUUGUUUGAGCUUCCUCCGUUAGGACUCAUACCACCAAACGUAGGAAAGGGAUGUACGUCAUAGUCUACAACUGCCGCAAACUGGAACGAAGAGGUUGGAUUAGAGAGGUUCCAGUCAUUCGUCGGGGAUUGUUGAAUGUAAGUUUCUCCAGAGACUGAUUCUUUUGAGAAGAAUAAAAUAAUUUGCGCGG